AUGAUUCACCAUGGCAACAGCUCCCGCCAAAAAGACUUCCGCAUACUUUUCCCCUGGAGAAUAAAACAGGAGGAACAAGAAGAGUUUAUUGAAGAAAGUGAGGAGAACGAGGAAUUGAGUGAAGUUGAGAAAAAUCAUGCCAAAACUGGAGAAAAAACUUUGAGUUGCUCUCAAACCAAACAGAAAGAUUUAAAGAAAAGAAGAACCUGCACUCAGUGUGGAAAAAGUUUGACAAGCAAAUAUAACCUUGAUGUUCACAUGAGAGCUCAUACUGGAGAGAAUACGUUCACUUGGGAUCAAUGCGUGAAGAGUUUUGCACAAUCAUCAAGCCUUAAGAUACACAUGAACAUCCACACUGGAGAAAAAUCGCACACAUGUGAUCAAUGCGGCAAAACGUUUUUGAGGGCUUCAAACCUGAUGACACACCUAAGAGUUCUUACAAAGGAGAAGCCACAUUCAUGUUAUUUGUGUGGAAAGAGUUUUUCAUGUAUACAAAUUUUGAAAGAACAUCAGAAAAUAUAUACUGGUAUGAGAGAGUACAUGUGCUUUGAGUGUGAAAAGACUUUUACUUCAGCGACCCGUUUAAAACAGCAUGAGAGGAUUCACACUGGAGAAAAACCUUAUAGGUGUUCACACUGCAACAAGAUAUUCAACAAGUCAGGAGACCUGAAAACACAUGAGAGGAUCCACACUGGAGAGAAACCUUAUAAGUGUUCACACUGUGACAAAAGAUUCAGUCAGUCAGCAAAUCUGAAAACACAUGAGAGGAUUCACACUGGAGAGAAACAGUACAAGUGUUCACACUGUGACAAGAGAUUCAGUCGGUCAGCACAUCUGAAAACACAUGAGAGGAUUCACACUGGAGAGAAACCGUAUAUGUGUUCGCACUGCAACAAGAGAUUCAGUGAUUCAGGAGACCUAAAAAGACAUGAGAGGAUCCACACUGGAGAGAAACCGUAUAUGUGUUCGCACUGCAACAAGAGAUUCAGUGAUUCAGGAGACCUAAAAAGACAUGAGAGGAUCCACACUGGAGAGAAACCGUAUAUGUGUUCGCACUGCAACAAGAGAUUCAGUGAUUCAGGAGACCUAAAAAGACAUGAGAGGAUCCACACUGGAGAGAAACCGUAUAUGUGUUCGCACUGCAACAAGAGAUUCAGUGAUUCAGGAGACCUAAAAAGACAUGAGAGGAUCCACACUGGAGAGAAACCGUAUCACUGCACUGCAUGUGGGAAGCGUUUCAUUCAAUCAUCUUGUCUACACAGGCAUACAAAAACCAAUCACAGUAAGUAGAUCAUCUUCAGAUCCAGCACUUUCAGAUCUGAUGCUGUGUUCUCACCAAAUGUUACACAAAAAAUGCAUCAAGCAAUAAAAUAUAAUCUGGAUAAAUCUGUUAUUACAAGCGACAUGGCAAAGAAACAUUAUCUAACGUUUCACAGUGAAUAAAGGUAAUCUUCAUCAGCCCACACCACGGUAACUAAAUUGUGUGCAUGCCAA